GUCACGGGCGUCAGUCCUCGCACAUGGAAAUGCGAAUCAGCCGCGCUUUUGCGCUCGAGCCAGCCAGCCAAACUCACGGACGCGCGAGACCCGCCGCCGCUGCUGCUCAUCGGUGCCUGCGCACGGGCUGAGGACACUAUCCCCGCGGGUCAUUGAAGGAUUUUGACAUCUUUAUAAAUCGGCUGUUUUCCUUUAAAGUUCUCCAGGAUAAUUGUUUAAUUUUUUUUUCUUUUCUUUUACGCGAUGGAUAAGAUGUCUCGACCUCUUCUUAUAAACUCAACAUUCUUACCUCCUACCCACGGCGUCCUAAAAUCCCUGCUGGAAAACCCCAUGAAGCUGCCCUUUCACCACGAUGAAGGUUUUGGGAAAGAAAAGGAGAAGAAAUUGGAAGAGGAUGGAAACGGCGUCAACACCCCCCAGUCCGCCUUCUUGGGGCCGACUCUGUGGGAUAAGACCCUGUCGUACGAUGGCGAUAACUUCCAACUGGAGUACAUGGAUUUAGAGGAGUUUCUGUCGGAGAACGGAAUUCCUGCCAACACUCAGAGCGAGAAGAACCAACCUUCCCAGCAGACCCCAUCGGCCCCGGCAGCACCCUCUGUGGUGGAUCUCAGUAACCGGGCAACCACAUCGGUUCACUCCGGGAUAGUCGCCAGGAACUGCCCAAACAGACCAGCUGUUUCCACUUCACGUGACACACCCAGUCCGAUAGAUCCAGACUCGAUCCAGGUUCCGGUUGGGUAUGAGCCCGACCCUGCUGACCUCGCCCUCUCCAGCGUACCGGGUCAAGAGAUCUUCGACCCUCGCAAGCGCAAAUUCAGCGCAGAGGAGCUAAAACCACAGCCCAUGAUCAAGAAGGCACGCAAGGUCUUCAUUCCAGAAGACUUGAAGGACGACAAAUACUGGGCCAGGCGCAGAAAGAACAAUUUCGCAGCCAAACGCUCGCGGGACGCACGCCGGCUGAAAGAGAACCAGAUCGCCAUCCGCGCGGGAUUCCUGGAGAAAGAGAAUGCGGCACUCAGACAGGAAGUGGCCGAACUGCGGAAGGAGCUCGGCCGCUGUAAGAACAUUAUGGCCAAAUACGAGGUGCGACACGGGCCUCUGUAAACCCCGCCCCCCCCACCCUGAAAAAACCCCGCCCACUCCCUACAAACAGCCCCGCCCACCACAACUCUCCAGGGACUUCUGUGAGCCUCAUUAAGCGGCGCCAAUUUCUCUUUUUCACCUCUUUCUCUCUCUUUCUCUAUGAAACCUGUUUUGAUCUCAUCACGUUGAACACUUUGCCGAUUUAUUUUUAAUUUGUGCAUUAGAGUCUGUCUUCUUCCUCUCUUUUAUGUGUUUGUUCCUUCACCAACGAUGGAUCAUGUUUUUUUCUUUCCGUAAACGAUUCUACAUGUCAUUUUAUACACCUGUAAUAUGGACAGAGAACUGAUGAAUAUUCUCCCUGCAAUUCACCCUCGUGGCUGUCAAUCAUGCCUCGUUUUCCAGAGGCCCCACCCACUUCUUGUCACUCGCGCUUUCUCCUUCAAUUGACAGGUUUUUUGUUUAUAUUAACGUAUUUGUAGUGGAACAGCUGUACGCAUCUUUGCUGUUCUUUCUGUCAAGUGUGUAUAACACUAGCUAGUGUCGUCGGUUACUUGUCAAUAGUUUCGUUUUUAAACAAACACCAGCGUUGUUUUUCGUCUUACCGCAUUGUCCAUGGAGCAAUAAGCCUAAUUCUCUUCAGAGUGCAACAAUGUAUGAAAUUUAAGCUAGAUUAUUUUCCUCUAAAUUUUCUGUGUCGGAAAAGCCUGUUUCAUACCGCCAACGUGUACGUGCGGAUCCGCGUGACGUGAGAUGCACUUAACGUCAUUUUUGCUGUAGUGCGGAAACUUUCCCUCCAAAACGCUGAGCCCAUUUUGUCUUUCUCUUGCUCUAACCCCCUGCACUAAUGCGUGUUUCACAAUCUGACCAGGUGCAAUGUUUCUACUGUACCUACAGUAAUCUGCCGGAUAUAUUUAUGGACCGUUUGUUUUUGUUUUCUGAAAUAUUCAGCUGUUAAUAGCUACUAUUGUUAGAGCUGUUCUUAUUGUUAUGGCUGUAUAGUGAUUUUCCUGAUCAUUUAUUGUUUUACUGGAUAUUUCAGCAUGAAUAUUGUUUCAGAGUUGUGGCCUCGAGCUAAUUGUAAAUGGGUAAUAUUCUUCUCUUUUAGUUUUUAAGAAUGGAUGAUUAAAUCUGUCCAUGUUUUUCUUUAUUUUACGUCUUUAUUUUAUACCCAGGCAUGUUUUAGAACAUUUUAUUUUCACCAUUUGUUUUUAAGUACAAAUAUAUAUUUGUAGUGAUUUUCUUUCUUUUCGUUUUUGCUUGCCCCCCUCUUCUCUUUGUAGAUUUACGUGUUCAGCUGUAUGACUGUAAUGAAUGUGUUUUAAGAGGUUUUGAGGUGUUUGAUUAGCAGGAUGGUGUUGUCUCAAAUGCUGUGGUUGAAACCCAAUCAGUUUGUUUACUGCAGACCAAAAGAUUCAGCACACAGAAGAUUUAUUGAUAAAAGAUUUAUUGAUAUAUAUAUAUAUAUAUAUAUGAAAACUAUUCUAUAUGUUGCUUUUUUGUACAGUAUUUUUUCCUAUAUAAUACUGUCUGAAUAUUUUCAAGACACAACACAUACAUUGUAGUACAAGAGAUAGGAUUUAAAUAUAUGAUAGCGUUAAUAUAGAUAUAUAUCUAUUAUACAGAACUAUGUGACAUAGUGUUUUGAUAUAUAAUAUGAUGUGUAUAACAUCGUCCACUUAUCUGGGCAUUAAAAACCUUCUGCAUCCUCGCAAAUAGCCUUUAGUGUUCUGUCUCGGGAAACAUUGGCAACCAGACCUCACAAUAAAAUCAAUAUAUAUACAUACAUACGGUAUAUAGGCCUAUAAGGUUUCUGUACAUUCAUAUAGUUUCUCCAAAUGGUAGGAGCUGCAAUACCUCCAUUGACCACAAGAGUCAGUAUAACUCACACUCAAUGUUUUUAAUGAGCUCUGGCUUAGCAGUAUUGCUAUUGGUUCUUUGGAUGGAAAUCUAAAGGCUAUGCUUUCUAUACAUUCUCGUGUCCCUUUUUACCGCAGUAGAGUGUUGUUAAAAGAUAUUUUAGAAAGGCAGCUCCUUGAGCUUUGCUUGAAUGUUAAAAGUCUUGUUGUCAAUGGAGUCACUAGCUACGUUCGGAAUAGCAUACUAGCAUACCACUUGCACUUUAUCUGCAGGAUAUUGUCGGUACUGCGCACUGUAAAUUUGAUCGAAAACCCGGAUGUUGAGGGUUAAAAGUUGAGAUAUUAAAUUAAAAUCACAACUUAACCAUUUUAUUUACAUAGUGAAGCCACGUGGCUACCAUGGUGUAUACUAUUUUUUAAAACGUCCCAGUUACAAUUGUUUUUAAAUAAUAUGUUGAAUACUGUAUAGCUCAGCAUUCGGCAAGUAGUAAGCUACUAUUCUGUUCUGAACAGCCACCCAAUAUGGUUUCCUGAACAUACCAAGUUACUUCAAAAGUUCCCACUGAAGUGCAGUAGUUACCACAGAUAUUGUUACUACAGUAAAAUGUGAAUAUAUUAAUAUGUGGUGUCCUUCAGAGUCGUUUUAGUUAACUCAGUUUUACUGGAGUAACCAAAACUGGCAUUUUUGGUGGAACUAUGGUAACUAUGUAAGGGCCCUUUAAGAUGAGUAAAGCUGAAGUAUUUCCUCUGGUCUGAGAUCAGUUUUGCUCUGUCUGUUGUAAUUGAUAAAACAGGGUUUUAGGCAGGGCAGCUGAUCUUAGAUCAGCACAUUUCGAUUCAUCGCUGUUCGACCGGUGACUUCACUGUCAACAAUAAAAGUCCUUAUCUGCUCUAGUUCAGGCCAAAGUUAGCAUGCACAUAUUUGUGUAUUUGUUGAGGAUAGUUUUGGGCAGAAAUGGUGCUGUUUUGUUUGUUGUUCUGUUUUCUUUUUAAUUUCCCAUUAUUUGUUUGUUUGUCACAUAAAUGCAGAUAUGAAGACUGUAGCGUGAGCUGCGUCUGUAUAAAGCCCUGUGUAGUUCACAUGCUGACUGUUUUCCAUCUGUACAAAACUCAAAUAAAUCCAGGAUUAAGCCAAACCACUUCUUGUGUAUAAUGAC